GGACCGCACGACAGGACAGAUGAGAAACUGCUUCCAUCUGGAAACGCAGGGAGAGAAGGAGGGUCGACUCGACACAGUCACCGGCGGUAAGACACACACAGCCUGCUUGCGUUACAUCGCACCGGUCAUCAUCACCAUUCCGACUGUUGGAGGAGCACAGCGAACGUGCGCGCAGAGCAGCUGCACCUGACUGAUCGUGGACAUACCUCAGUUUUAUUUCACCAGUCUUCAUUUAACAGUUGCCUUCGGUACUUACUUGAAGAAGGAAGAAAAAAAAAAUCAAUAAAUAAAGCGGGUUUUUAUGUUUUGUUUCAAUUCUGGGAGAGGACUUUGACAAGGAGGACCCUGUGUCUGGAGUGCUAAUACACAGACUGCUCUUGUUGGAUGUUGAUUGUUGGUCAGAGAAGAAGUGGCAGCGUUUAGCCGCUGUUUGGACCAUCACUGGACAACCGGUGUCGUCUUCGAAAGUGUUCAAAGAAUCAGAGAGGAAGAAAGAGUGUAAAAGUAUGACUUUGUGAUGAAUCUCAGAGGCCAACUCCAGUGAGGUGUCCUCCUGUCCCCCUCAACCCCUUUAGAGACCACACCAUCCAGCGGACACCAUUUCAAGGAUUCUCUCUGGACCUUGAUACCCACAGGAGGGGUGUGAACAGGAAGGCCCAGAGGAAGUGGACAGUGUGGGCAGGAUGUGGGAGGGACUGAGACUGCAGGUGUUCUUCUUAUGUUUGGGGGCCGCACUAUGGAGCGCUGCAGCGGCAGCGACACACAGGGGCUCAGGGCCACGGGAGCGCGGCCACCGCCGCCAUCUCUCUUUGCACAGACACAGGGAGAGAGGCAAAGAGGGCCAGGUGCUUCACCGCUCCAAACGAGGCUGGGUCUGGAACCAGUUCUUUGUCAUUGAAGAGUACACAGGCCCAGAUCCCGUCUUAGUAGGUCGGCUUCAUUCGGAUGUAGAUUCAGGAGAUGGAAACAUUAAAUACAUACUUUCGGGGGAGGGAGCAGGCACUAUUUUUGUCAUCGAUGACAAAACGGGCAACAUUCAUGCCACAAAGACACUGGACAGAGAAGAACAGGCCCAGUACACCCUGACCGCCCAGGCCGUGGAUCGAGACACCAACAAACCCCUAGAACCUCCCUCAGAGUUCAUUGUCAAGGUGCAGGACAUCAAUGACAAUCCACCAGAGUUCCUUCACGGCCCUUACUAUGGGCGAGUGGCUGAGAUGUCCAAUGUUGGUACUUCAGUGAUAAAGGUCACAGCUACAGACGCCGAUGACCCCACAUACGGCAACAGCGCCAGGCUGGUCUACAGCAUCCUGCAGGGCCAGCCUUACUUUUCUGUGGAGCCACAAACAGGAAUCAUUCGAACUGCUCUUCCCAACAUGGACAGAGAGGCCAGGCAGGAAUACGAUGUCGUCAUCCAGGCCAAGGACAUGGGUGGACACAUGGGCGGUCUGUCAGGGACCACUCAGGUUAAAAUCACCCUGACUGAUGUCAAUGACAACCCUCCGAAGUUCGCUCAGGGACUUCCUCCCCAUGUGGGAGUUAUUUUUAUAAAUGCAGCUGAAGCUUUUGGCUCUCAGCAGACAGGGAGUGGAGCCAUAUGGUUCUUCUGCGAGCUCCAGCCUCAGCUAAGAGCUCACAGGUGCGAUCUGGCAGAGAACGGACUGGUGGAUUAUCGCAUCUUGGAGGGAGACGGCAUGAACCUCUUCGAAAUCACCAAGGACUCGGAGACCCAAGAGGCAGUCAUCAAAUUAAAGAAGCCCGUGGACUUUGAGACCAAGCGAUCAUAUACGCUAAAGGUAGAAGCCUCCAACCCACAUGUGGACCCACGUUUCACUGCCUGGGGUCCAUACAAAGAUACUACCAUUGUGAAAAUAUCAGUAGAAGAUGCAGAUGAGCCCCCGACCUUCAUGGCUCCCGGCUACAACUUUGAGGUGGAGGAAAACGCCCCAGCAGGCACUCUAGUCGGCCGUGUGCAUGCCAAAGACACCGACAUCAUGAACAACCCAAUCAGAUAUAUGAUUCUACGCUACACAGACUUGGAAGAGUUUUUCACCAUUAAUACUGAGGACGGCAUUAUUAAGACCACAAGGCCUUUAGAUCGAGAAGCACAGGCUUGGCACAACAUCUCUGUCAGUGCUGCAGAGAUUGGCGGCCAUCACCAAGAUGCAAAAGUACGAGUCAAUAUCAAAGUCAAAGAUGUGAAUGACAACGCUCCAGAGUUUGCCACUCAAAACGAAGUGCUUGUCUGUGAGAAUGUCAGCCCUGGAAAGCUCAUUGAAACAGUUAGCGCUACGGAUAAGGACGAAAUGGCCCACCGCCAGCACUUCCACUUCAGCCUGGCCCCUGAGGUCACUAACAACCACAGUUUCUCCCUCAAGGACAACAGAGAUAGCACUGCUAGCAUCUUUGUGAUCCGGAAGGGCUUCAGCAGAAUGUCCCAGGAUAUAUAUCACCUUCCCAUCGAGAUCAGCGACAAUGGUGUACCCCCAAUGAGCAGCACCAAUACUCUUAUAAUCCGUGUGUGCAACUGCGACAGCAAAGACACUAUUCUCUCUUGCAAUGUGGAACCUUUCAUCCUGUCAGCAGGGCUCAGCACCGGAGCUCUGAUUGCCAUCUUGGCCUGUAUUGUUAUUCUACUGGCCCAGUUCCAUCUACGAACAAUCACAAAGAAAGACCUGUGA